GCUCAUUUUACUCUAAACCAAGGGAAGGAGAGCAUCCAAAACAAUCGGAUCUCCAUUAAAUAUGUCUGUCACACGACAACCAAAGAACAAACGAGGGGUGAAAUGUCAAAAUUCUAAAUAAUUAUUGGUAUUAUUUCGUCUUUCAUGACACAAAGACUAAUCUAUUUUUAUUUUAUUAAUUUUAAAAAGUGGUAUCCGAAGCAUUAAACAUACCCUAGCCAGACAACCGAUUAGCCCCAAAUCUUUAACAGCCUCAAACAUACAUAACCCUAACCCCCCUUAUAAUAUACUUUACCUUUGGAUUGUACAAAUAGUUUACAAGAGAAAGGAAAAAAGAAAAAACACAAAAAGAAAACAGAAAACAGAAAGGAAGAUAGAAGAAGAUGUCAUUCACUGGAACUCUUGAUAAGUGCAAGGCAUGUGACAAGACUGUUUAUGUUGUUGAUCUCUUGUCUUUGGAAGGGGUGCCAUACCACAAGUCAUGCUUCAAAUGUAGCCAUUGCAAAGGCACUUUGCAGAUGAGCAAUUACUCUUCUAUGGAUGGAGUGCUCUUCUGCAAAACUCAUUUUGAGCAACUCUUCAAGGAAUCUGGAAAUUUCAGCAAGAAUUUUCAAAGUGGUGAGCCUCUUGUUUCCUUUCAUCUAAGACAUCAGUCGAGGACACCUAGCAAACUGUCUUCCAUGUUCACUGGAACUUUGGACAAAUGCUCGGCCUGUACCAAAACUGUUUACCCACUUGAGAAGGUGACAAUGGAAGGAGAGUGUUACCACAAUACAUGCUUUAGGUGUGCUAUAGGAGGGUGUCACUUGACACACUCAAACUAUGCUGCCCUUGAUGGUGUCCUCUAUUGCAAGCACCAUUUUGCUCAGCUGUUCAUGGAGAAGGGUAAUUACAACCAUGUCCUUCAAGCUGCUUCCCACAAGAGGUCUGCCUCCACUCCUCCACCGGAAGCCGUUGAGGGCGAAGCUGAGGCCGCCACCGGCGAGGGAGAUGGAACAGCUCACCAAGAAGAAGACAAAUGAGAAACAAACCAUUAGUUUUUUAUACUACACACAUAUAAUACACACAUAUUCUUAUACUACAAAAGAUUAAAACUCAUAUACACACAUGCAAGGUUCCUAUAUUCUAUACUAAGAUCUUAUGAAGAGUUCUUUCAACCCUUUAUAUUACCCCUGGAUUCACUCAUCAUCACCUUCUUCAACCUUCAAUUUCAUUAUGCUUAAACCUCUUUGUUUUCAUAUUCUUUUUUCUUGUUAUGCAUCCCCCCCCC